CCUCCCUCCUUCCCUGGAUGAAACCCCUUCAGCCCAGGCAUUGAGCCCCCGCUGGAGGCAGAGGGCUGUGCUGAGCGCUUCCCACGGUCCAGCACCACAGAAGAAGAAGAAGAAGAAGAAGAAGAAGAAUGCCGUUUGAGCGCUUAGGAGGCGGAGAUGAGUUCUCAACAGUUUCCCCGUUCUGGAGCCCCUUCUACUGGGCUGGGCCAAGCUCCAUCCCAGAUUUCCAGUACCGGGUCCGCAGGACUGAUAAACCCGACAACCGCAGCAGUCAAUGAGGAGUCCAGUCGAGAUUCCGAAGUCCCUCCCAGGGAGCACCUGGGGCCCGGUAGCUCCCUCCAGUCUCGCGAAGAAAAGCAAGAGCCCGUGGUGGUGCGGCCCUAUCCCCAGGUCCCGCAGGUCCCCCAGGCCCCGCAGGUCCCCCAGGUGCAGGUGUUGACUCAGCACCACGCCGUCUCGUCCGCCGCUCCCGUCACCGUCACGGCCCCGCCGGCUCACCUCCCCUCGGCCGUACCGCUCUCCUUUUCCGAAGGGCUCAUGAAGCCUCCCCUGAAACCCACCAUGCCUAGUCGGCCUAUCGCUCCUGCUCCUCCUUCUACCCUGUCAGUUCCGCCCAAGGUUCCCGGCCAGGUCACCGUCACCAUGGAAAGCAGCAUCCCGCAGGCCUCCGCCAUUCCCGUAGCGACAAUCAGUGGACAACAGGGGCACCCCAGUAACUUGCACCACAUCAUGGCGGCAAACGUGCAGAUGUCCAUCAUCCGCAGUAGUGCUCCCGGCCCGCCCCUUCACAUAGGAGCGUCCCAUUUACCCCGAGGUGCAGCUGCUGCCGCUGUGAUGUCCAGUUCCAAAGUAACUACAGUCCUGCGGCCGACCUCACAGUUGCCAAAUGCGGCUACGGCUCAACCGGCAGUCCAACACAUCAUUCACCAACCGAUCCAGUCUCGACCUCCCGUGACCACCUCGAACACCAUCCCUCCUGCUGUGGUGGCGACAGUUUCAGCCACAAGAGCUCAGUCUCCAGUCAUUACUACAACAGCAGCACAUGCUACAGAUUCAACUCUUAGUCGGCCAACUUUGUCUCUCCAGCAUCCACCUUCUGCAGCGAUAAGUAUUCACCGGCCUACGCAGUCGAGGGAUGCAGCAACCCGAAUCACGUUACCGUCUCACCCAGCCAUAGGGACCCAGAAACAGCAGCUUCAUACCAUGGCUCAGAAAACCAUCUUUAGUACUGGUACACCAGUAGCAGCAGCGACAGUGGCUCCCAUUUUGGCAACUAACACCAUUCCUUCAGCAACCACCGCAGGAUCUGUGUCGAACACGCAAGCGCCCACAAGUACUAUUGUCACCAUGACAAUGCCCUCACACUCAUCCCAUGCUACUGCUGUGACCACCUCAAACAUCCCAGUCGCUAAAGUGGUCCCUCAACAGAUUACGCACACGUCCCCCAGGAUUCAACCUGAUUACCCAACGGAGAGGAGUAGCCUUAUUCCCAUUUCUGGACAUCGGGCCUCUCCAAAUCCGGUUGCAAUGGAAACCCGAAACGACAACAGGCAGUCUGUUCCUGUUCAGUUCCAAUAUUUCUUGCCAACGUACCCUCCUUCGGCCUACCCGCUGGCUGCUCACACGUACACCCCAAUCACCAGUUCUGUAUCUACGAUACGACAGUAUCCAGUUUCAGCUCAGGCCCCGAACUCUGCAAUCACAGCUCAGACUGGUGUCGGAGUGGCCUCCACGGUGCACCUCAACCCCAUGCAGUUGAUGACAGUGGAUGCGUCUCAUGCCCGACACAUCCAAGGGAUCCAGCCGGCACCGAUCAGCACGCAGGGGAUCCAGCCGGCACCUAUUGGAGCACAAGGGAUCCAACCGGCACCGAUUGGAACACAGGGACUUCACUCAGCCACGCCAAUUAACGCACAGGGACUUCAGCCGGCACCACUGGGUGCUCAGCAGCCCCAGACGGAAGCGAAAACUUCAGCAGUAGUGUUAGCCGAAGGGACAACGAUCGUAGCCAACCCUAUCAGUAACGCAUUCAAUGCAGCUCCAGCAGCUACUACGGUGGUGCAGACCCACAGCCAGACUGCCAGCACCAGCGUUCCCGCCCAGGGCUCGUCCCCUCGUCCGAGCAUCCUCCGGAAGAAACCAGCCACAGACGGAACGGCAGUUCGGAAAAACCUCAUUCCACCUCAACCUCCUGAGGUUGCCAACCCUCGAGUGGAGAGUUCUCUGCGGACCACGUCUGGAUCCCCCAGGCCUGCAGGCUCCAAGCCUAAAUCGGAAAUCCACGUUUCUAUGGGCGCUCCAGUGACGGUAUCUGUGGAGGCCGUGUCCAAUCAGAGUGGGGAACAGCCCACCAUCGCCGUCCCGCCCACUUCUCAGCCGCCCCCGUCUGCCAUUCCUACCAUCAUGGCGGCAGCCAGCCCGCCAUCGCAGCCGGCCGCUGCCCUGUCCGGCAUUCCAGGCGCGGUGCCCGUCACUUCGCCCGUCCCCACCCUCGCAGCCGCUCCGCCGCCGUCAGUGGUCGGAAGCGCCCUCUCCGCUGUUUUGGGGCCCGCGGUACCUGAGAUCAAGAUUAAAGAAGAAAUGGAGCCGAUGGACAUAAUGCGGCCCGUCUCCGCAGUUCCCCCGUUGACUCCGAACGCUGUGUCUCCGUCUCUCGCGCUGCUGGCCAACAACCUGUCUCUGCCUCCGAGUGACUUGCCACCCGGUGCCUCCCCGAGGAAAAAACCCCGGAAGCAACAACACGUGAUUUCAACCGAGGAGGGCGACAUGAUGGAAACAAAUAGCACCGAUGAUGAGAAAUCCACUACCAAGAGUCUGCUGGUGAAGGCUGAGAAGCGAAAGUCUCCUCCCAAGGAGUAUAUCGAUGAGGAAGGUGUGAGGUACGUCCCUGUACGUCCGAGACCCCCCAUUACUCUGCUCCGCCAUUACCGGAAUCCCUGGAAAGCUGCUUAUCACCACUUUCAGAGAUACAGUGAUGUCAGAGUCAAAGAGGAGAAGAAGGCCAUGUUGCAGGAGAUUGCCAAUCAGAAAGGAGUAUCCUGCCGGGCUCAAGGCUGGAAAGUUCACCUCUGUGCGGCCCAGUUACUGCAGUUGACUAAUCUGGAGCACGACGUGUACGAGAGACUCACCACCUUGCAAGAAGGAAUAAUCCCUAAGAAAAAGGCAGCAACAGAUGAUGACCUACACCGAAUAAAUGAACUGAUACAGGGUAAUAUGCAGAGAUGUAAACUUGUGAUGGAUCAAAUCAACGAAGCCAGAGACUCCAUGCUGAAAGUUUUAGAUCACAAAGAACGUGUUCUGAAGCUUCUAAACAAGAACGGAACUGUCAAGAAAGUGUCCAAAUUAAAGCGAAAGGAAAAAGUCUAAGCCCAAAGGCAUCUGGACUGUGGAAACAGAAUCUGUGAACGGUGGUGUUUAGGUUUGGGGGCGGGGGGACUUUUCCGGUUGCGUUUUAAGUGGAACAUUCACGGACAGGAAGAUUUCCAGAGUUCCAGACGAGGCGAGGGACCGACCUGGCCCGCUGAACAAAGACCUUCCUUUCGGGCUCAUCUGUUUCCAACUCGCUUGGCGGUCACGUAUUUGUUUAGAGCCCUCCUGUCGUGUCAGCGCCUACCCAUCGGAACCGGUGACGCCAACGUGAGGCAGGCGGGUCUGGGCCUUCCGUCCGACCCCCUCUAGGACGGGCCGUCCCAGUGGAUUCCCGCCUGCGGAACGGGGACCGAAAGCGGCGGCUUGGACCACUGGAAGCGUCUCGACCCUGAAGACGAAGCCCCUUACGGUCCCCCUCCCCCCUCCCCUCCCGCCCGUCGCCAGUCGUCGUCCCUUCGGACCGUCGGAGUGUCCGAAGUAGCCUUGUAAAACCGGUGCCCCGGCGCUGGGAGAUCUGCCAGAUUUCCGACCUACCUUGGUUUUGAACCUCUAGCUUUGGUCAUUUUUUAAAACAACCAUUUCCAAGUGAUUUUUGUGGUAUCGUUUGUCUGUUCUGCGUGUGUCAAAGUUGGGUUUUUGUGAUGGUUCGGGGCAGGCAACGGCGGCGGUGCUCUGGGAUCCUUCUUUUGAAGUACUUUCUUGCAACACAGUACUUCCUGUAGCUGGUGUGAUGCUGUUAACUGUAUGUACCACAUACAUCCUCCAAACAUUAAUAAAGGACUCAAAGAGGUUUUUGUACAUCGA